GUUGGACCUCUCAAUUUCUCCUCCCCCAGAUGGAUGCGCCAGUCCCGAGCCGACCGCUGCUGCUUUUGUGGUAGAGCCUGCAGUGCAGUGCAGUGCACACCAGACCAGACCAGACCAGACCCUGAGCUCUGGGAGCUUCGUCUCCUGUUCCCCAGCCAGACCAGCCCGCCCUCACAUCUCGCUCGACCACGGCCCGCCGGGUGAGCCGUCACCCACCUGCACCCUGCCCACAUGGCGACCUCGACAGCUGCAGAUUCGCCCGCAGCCAUAGUGCCUGCCCGGGUCGGCUUCCUGGCCAUCUUCAACCCCAGCCUGGGCAACACGGACGAGACACUGGACGACCAGAUCGUCUACUACUCAUCCGUCGACACCCAGACUCAGAAACGGAAACGUCAUCGCAAGGCACGCCCCACCGAAAAUGUGUCCCAGGCGGAGCGCAACGAGAGGCUGAGGCAGAUUGGUCUCGCCCAGGGCAUGGUGAGCUUCAGCAAGGACUUCUCAGACAACCAGGCCGUCGACUCGAUCGAGACCGAGAAGACCCGGGUCGUCCUGCACGAGCUGGAGCCUGGCUGGUGGGUUCUUGCCAGCAUUGACCUGACCCGCCUGCCGCUCCCGCCACCCACGUCUUCGAAAAAGCCAGGCGGCCCUGCAGCUUCAGCCGACGACAAGCACGAGCACUCGUCGCGGGAGGUCAAGCCUGCCGCCCUUCUCCUCCAGGACUUGCUCAAGGCGCACGCCGUCUUCCUGCUCCACCAUGACUCGUCCUUGAGCUCAUUGUUCAUGAGGAUCAAGCGGGCCAGGUUUACGACCACUCUGGCGCGGUAUUGGGACCUGUUCCUCUCCACAUGGGACGUCCUGCUCCACGGAAAUCCCGUGCGAAACAUCUUUGGCGGCAUCAAAAUUGCCGCCAGUGGUGAGUUGGGGAUAGGCGUCGGCGAGGAAGAGCGCGGAAGCGGCGAGCGAGAGGUCCUUGAGGGUUUUGCCGAGAGGACCGAAGGCCUGGUCGACAUCAUUGUGUCCAAGUUUGGCGACGAUAAGCCGGACGAGUCUUCUAAAUCCUGGGAGAGGCCGAGACAGGGCCAGCAAGCCCACGCGCAGUGGCUGGGAACCGGCAACGAGCCUGGAGCCGAGGACGGCGCAGUGUUUUUAGGAGUGGGAGCCCUGUCUCGAAAAUCCGUAGCCGACAUCACACACUGGGUCGAGGACAUCUAUGUCUGGGGCGAGGAUGCGUACGGUGUUACCGACAGCCCAAAAGCCACCCGCCAGACAAGGAGAGAGUCCCGGGCGGCGGGAGAACGUCCGGGGAAGGCUGAUCCAGGGGGAGUCCCCAUGCAGCCACCUCCCAGUCUCAUAGGCCCCAAGCGGGCAUCAAAGCCUUCCGCCUCUACACCUCCCCCUCAACAGCGUGAUAGGCCGGCGGCCCCCAAGUCGAGUCAAGAGCCCCCGUCUAACUCGGGCGAGGCGGACUCCGGCGGACUCGAGAAAUACAUGGACUACUUGAAGCUGGGCUAUGGGAAGUAUUGGAGCCUCGGAGGAGACUCUGAGCCCAAGGAUGAGACUGCGGACAGCCCGACAUCACCGAGAAGGCCUUCCAUCAAGGGUGAUGAUUCUGUCGGGCAUUUCCUGAUUGGCCUAACAGGCGAGGUCGAGGAGGGGUGGGUCGACGAUCCCGAGGACAGGCGGUUUGGGGAGCAUGUUUGGGACGAGAACACGAACCCGCGGACGGUCCUGCGGACGGUCACCGUGGAACUGGAGACUGACGUCUCGGAAAAGUCAGAAGUACAGAUGACAAAGGCCCUCGGCAGCCAUGAUACCGAACUCAACUCUUCAAAUGUGAUGACUGGCUCAGCAUUUGACAGCCAGGACAGGAACAAGACACACAAGCUCCGCGUAGUGGUAUAUGUCAUCAGGCCGUUCAUCUUCACAUUCUUAUUCGAGCUCCGGACCGGGUCCCUGGCGUUCGAGGGCCUCUACCGCUCCUUGCACCACCAGAUCGCCCCACUGCGCAAGUCCCUGGGUAAUUCCACGGCUUACAGGCCGGAAAGGCCCGAUGUAGGCAGCGCGUCCGCAGCGAUCUACGAUCUGGUGUGGGACCCCAAAGAGAGGACAGUGCAUUCUACGAUCCCCAACAUUCCCGAGGCGGCGGACUUGUACAGCAGCGAACCGCCCUGGUCGCGUGUCGAAGCGCUGAACACCCACAUGCAAGUCCUGAACCUGUACAAGGCAACGAGGGCCGACCCGUCCGAGCUGGAGCGGACGUGCAAAACGAGCCGCGGAUGGUGGAUUGUCUGGAGCAGGAUCCUACAACCGGAGGCGGACGCGGCGCGUGGGUCGGUCGAUUCCGACGAGCUGUCUUCCGGAGACUCGGGCAGCAAGCACGAUGAGGCGGGUGAGGCGGGCAGCGACGAGGCGACACACUCCUCGUCCCAGACCUCGACUGUCAAGGCGGCACCUUCCAUGUCUGUCAUCAAGGAGAUCUUCCUCAUCCGCAAGGCCAGCGACCACAGCGGGCAUGGUAGGAGUGUGAGUCUCACGAGGGCCGGGGGUGGUGUGGGCUGGGCCGAUGGGGCGAGCCGGCUGGCGCAGGGGAUCGGUGUCGACACCAGGAAGUACAUUGAAGGUUUACUUAGCAUGAAUCGGUAAACGGGAGGAUGGAAACUUCUGAGGGGCCUGAUUGGUGUUGCGGCGGCCGACGAGCUACGUUUACGAACCUUGUCCACUGAGGAGUUCGGCAGCAUAGGCACAUACCCAACGAUGGCGGUGCGGCGGGAAGGGGGCUGUACCGGUGACGAGAAUAUGUGUGUGUGUGUGUAUGUGUGCUCACAUUGUUUUAGCAGUAUCUGGGCAAUCAUCACGUAUACGAAUAAUCAGCAGGACAUUGCACGUC